CUUUCCCCGCCCCUUCCCUCCCUCCCUCCUCUAGUCGUCCCCUCCCUCUCCCCGAUCAGCCCCCCCGCGGCACUUCAGUCCGGGGAACAGCGGUGCGAGCUCCAGGCCCAUGCACUGAGGAGGCGGAAAGGAGGGGAGCCCCCAGAGCUCCAUCAGGCCCCUUCCACAGGCUCCCCAACCCGGUCCACGCCCCCCACCCCCCACCCCGCCUCCUCUCAAUUGUGCAUUUUUGCAGCCGGAGGCGGCUCCGAGAUGGGGCUGUGAGCUUCACCCGGGGAGGAGGAGAGAGCAACGAGGAGUAAGGCGGGUGGGGGGUAAAGGGUUUGGAUUUGGGGGUAAGGGGUGCACCCCCAUCAGCAGGCCCUCCCCAAGGGGCUCGGAACUCUACCUCUUCACCCACGCCCCUGGUGCGCUUUGCCAAAGGAAAGAAUAGAAAAGGAGGAGGGGAAAAGGAGGAAAAAGGGGGACCCCCCAAUUGGGGGGGCGAAGGCAAGAAGUAGCAGGACCAGAGGGGAAGGGGUUCUGCUUGCAUCAGCCCACACCAUGCGGACCCCGCUACUGCUGCUGCUGCUGCUGCCCCUGCUCUCAGCUCUGGUCGCGGCUGCUAUCGAUGUCCCUAAGACUUGCAGCCCCAAGCAGUUUGCCUGCAGAGACCAAAUCACCUGCAUCUCGAAGGGCUGGCGGUGUGAUGGUGAGCGGGACUGCCCCGACGGCUCUGAUGAGGCCCCCGAGAUUUGUCCACAGAGUAAGGCCCAGCGAUGCCAGCCGAAUGAGCACAACUGCCUGGGCACCGAGCUGUGUGUUCCCAUGUCCCGCCUCUGCAACGGGGUCCAGGACUGCAUGGAUGGCUCAGAUGAGGGUCCCCACUGCCGAGAGCUCCGAAGCAACUGCUCUCGACUGGGCUGCCAGCACCAUUGUGUCCCCACACUCGACGGGCCCACCUGCUACUGCAACAACAGCUUUCAGCUGCAGGCAGAUGGCAAGACCUGCAAAGACUUUGACGAGUGCUCAGUGUACGGCACCUGCAGCCAGCUAUGCACCAACACAGACGGCUCCUUCACGUGCGGCUGCGUCGAAGGAUACCUGCUGCAGCCAGACAACCGCUCCUGCAAGGCCAAGAACGAGCCAGUAGACCGGUUCCCUGUGCUGUUGAUUGCCAACUCCCAGAACAUCCUGGCUACGUACCUGAGUGGGGCCCAGGUGUCUACCAUCACACCUACUAGCACGCGGCAGACCACAGCCAUGGACUUUAGCUACGCCAACGAGACCGUGUGCUGGGUGCACGUUGGGGACAGUGCUGCCCAGACGCAGCUCAAGUGUGCCCGCAUUCCUGGCCUAAAGGGCUUCGUGGAUGAGCACACCAUCAACAUCUCCCUCAGUCUGCACCACGUGGAACAGAUGGCCAUCGACUGGCUGACAGGCAACUUCUACUUUGUGGAUGACAUCGAUGAUAGGAUCUUUGUCUGCAACAGAAACGGGGACACGUGUGUCACUUUGCUAGACCUGGAACUCUACAACCCCAAGGGCAUUGCACUGGACCCUGCCAUGGGGAAGGUGUUUUUCACUGACUAUGGGCAGAUCCCAAAGGUGGAGCGCUGUGACAUGGAUGGGCAGAACCGCACCAAGCUGGUCGAUAGCAAGAUUGUGUUUCCUCAUGGCAUCACGCUGGACCUGGUCAGCCGCCUCGUCUACUGGGCUGACGCCUACCUGGACUACAUUGAGGUGGUGGACUACGAGGGCAAGGGCCGGCAGACUAUCAUCCAGGGCAUCCUGAUCGAGCAUCUGUAUGGCCUGACAGUGUUUGAGAAUUAUCUCUACGCCACCAACUCGGACAAUGCCAAUGCCCAGCAGAAGACGAGCGUGAUCCGUGUGAACCGCUUUAACAGCACCGAGUACCAGGUCGUCACCCGUGUGGACAAGGGUGGUGCCCUCCACGUCUACCACCAGCGGCGCCAGCCCCGAGUGAGGAGCCACGCCUGUGAGAACGACCAGUACGGGAAGCCAGGCGGCUGCUCGGACAUCUGCCUGCUGGCCAACAGCCACAAGGCCAGGACCUGCCGCUGCCGCUCCGGGUUCAGCCUGGGCAGUGACGGGAAGUCGUGCAAGAAGCCGGAGCACGAGCUGUUCCUCGUGUAUGGCAAGGGCCGGCCAGGCAUCAUCCGGGGCAUGGAUAUGGGGGCCAAGGUCCAAGACGAGCACAUGAUCCCCAUCGAGAACCUCAUGAACCCCCGAGCCCUGGACUUCCACGCUGAGACUGGCUUCAUCUACUUUGCCGACACCACCAGCUACCUCAUUGGCCGCCAGAAGAUUGAUGGCACUGAGCGGGAAACCAUCCUGAAAGACGGCAUCCACAAUGUGGAGGGUGUGGCUGUGGACUGGAUGGGGGACAAUCUGUACUGGACGGAUGAUGGGCCCAAGAAGACCAUCAGCGUGGCCAGGCUGGAGAAAGCUGCUCAGACCCGCAAGACCUUAAUUGAGGGCAAGAUGACACACCCCAGGGCCAUUGUGGUGGAUCCGCUCAAUGGGUGGAUGUACUGGACAGACUGGGAGGAAGACCCUAAGGACAGUCGGCGAGGGCGGCUGGAGAGGGCCUGGAUGGAUGGCUCACACCGAGACAUCUUUGUCACCUCCAAGACAGUGCUUUGGCCCAAUGGGUUAAGCCUGGACAUCCCAGCUGGGCGCCUCUACUGGGUGGACGCCUUCUAUGACCGCAUCGAGACCAUACUGCUCAAUGGCACAGACCGGAAGAUUGUGUACGAGGGUCCUGAGCUGAACCACGCCUUUGGCCUGUGUCACCACGGCAACUACCUCUUCUGGACUGAGUACCGGAGUGGCAGUGUCUACCGCUUGGAACGGGGCGUGGAAGGUGCACCUCCAACUGUGACACUUCUGCGCAGCGAGCGGCCCCCCAUCUUUGAGAUCCGCAUGUAUGAUGCCCAGCAACAGCAAGUUGGGACCAACAAAUGCCGGGUGAACAAUGGUGGCUGCAGCAGCCUGUGCCUGGCCACCCCUGGGAGCCGCCAGUGUGCCUGUGCUGAGGACCAGGUGUUGGAUGCAGACGGUGUCACUUGCUUAGCGAACCCAUCCUACGUGCCCCCACCCCAGUGCCAGCCGGGCGAGUUCGCCUGCGCCAACAGCCGCUGCAUCCAGGAGCGCUGGAAGUGUGACGGAGACAACGACUGCCUGGACAACAGUGACGAGGCCCCAGCCCUCUGCCAUCAGCAUACCUGCCCCUCGGAUCGAUUCAAGUGCGAGAACAACCGGUGCAUCCCCAACCGCUGGCUGUGUGAUGGUGACAACGACUGCGGGAACAGCGAGGACGAGUCCAAUGCCACUUGUUCAGCUCGCACCUGCCCACCCAACCAGUUCUCCUGCGCCAGUGGCCGCUGCAUCCCCAUCUCCUGGACGUGCGACCUGGACGACGACUGUGGGGACCGCUCUGACGAGUCAGCCUCCUGUGCCUAUCCCACCUGCUUCCCCCUGACUCAGUUUACCUGCAACAAUGGCAGAUGCAUCAACAUCAACUGGCGGUGUGACAAUGAGAAGGAUUGUGGGGACGGCUCUGAUGAAAAGACCUGUCCUGAGCCUGCCGACAAUGACUGUGGGGACAACAGUGACGAGGCCGGCUGCAGCCACUCCUGCUCUAGCACCCAGUUCAAGUGCAACAGCGGGCGCUGCAUCCCUGAGCACUGGACCUGCGAUGGGGACAAUGACUGCGGGGACUACAGCGACGAGACGCACGCCAACUGCACCAACCAGGCCACAAGGCCCCCUGGCGGUUGCCACACGGAUGAGUUCCAGUGCCGGCUGGAUGGACUGUGCAUCCCCCUGCGGUGGCGCUGCGAUGGGGACACUGACUGCAUGGACUCCAGUGACGAGAAGAGCUGUGAAGGAGUGACCCACGUCUGUGACCCCAAUGUCAAGUUUGGCUGCAAGGAUUCAGCUCGGUGCAUCAGCAAAGCGUGGGUGUGUGACGGCGACAGCGACUGUGAAGAUAACUCGGAUGAGGAGAACUGCGAGUCCCUGGCCUGCAGGCCACCCUCGCACCCCUGUGCCAACAACACCUCAGUCUGCCUGCCCCCUGACAAGCUGUGCGAUGGCAACGACGACUGUGGGGACGGCUCGGACGAGGGCGAGCUCUGCGACCAGUGCUCUCUGAAUAACGGUGGCUGCAGCCACAACUGCUCGGUGGCGCCUGGCGAAGGCAUUGUGUGUUCGUGCCCUCUGGGCAUGGAGCUGGGGCCCGACAACCACACCUGCCAGAUCCAGAGCUACUGUGCCAGGCACCUCAAGUGCAGCCAGAAGUGCGACCAGAACAAGUUCAGUGUGAAGUGCUCCUGCUACGAGGGCUGGGUCCUGGAGCCCGAUGGCGAGAGCUGCCGCAGCCUGGACCCCUUCAAGCCGUUCAUCAUCUUCUCCAACCGCCAUGAGAUCCGGCGCAUCGACCUGCACAAGGGGGACUACAGCGUCCUGGUGCCUGGCCUGCGCAACACCAUCGCCCUGGACUUCCACCUCAGCCAGAGCGCCCUCUACUGGACUGACGUGGUGGAGGACAAGAUCUACCGUGGGAAGCUGCUGGACAACGGAGCCCUGACCAGUUUCGAGGUGGUGAUUCAGUAUGGCCUGGCCACACCCGAGGGCCUGGCUGUAGACUGGAUUGCAGGCAACAUCUACUGGGUGGAGAGUAACCUGGACCAGAUUGAGGUGGCCAAGCUGGAUGGGACCCUCCGGACCACUCUGCUGGCUGGUGACAUUGAGCACCCAAGGGCGAUCGCACUGGAUCCCCGGGACGGGAUCCUGUUUUGGACAGACUGGGAUGCCAGCCUGCCCCGAAUCGAGGCGGCCUCCAUGAGCGGGGCCGGCCGCCGCACUGUGCACCGGGAGACUGGCUCCGGGGGCUGGCCCAACGGGCUCACCGUGGACUACCUAGAGAAGCGCAUCCUCUGGAUCGACGCCAGGUCAGAUGCCAUUUACUCAGCCCGUUACGACGGCUCCGGCCACAUGGAGGUGCUCCGGGGACACGAGUUCCUGUCGCACCCGUUUGCAGUGACGCUGUAUGGGGGGGAGGUGUACUGGACUGACUGGAGAACAAACACACUGGCCAAGGCCAACAAGUGGACCGGCCACAAUGUCACCGUGGUACAGAGGACCAACACCCAGCCCUUCGACCUACAGGUGUACCACCCCUCCCGGCAGCCCAUGGCCCCCAAUCCAUGCGAGGCCAACGGGGGCCGGGGCCCCUGCUCCCACCUGUGUCUCAUCAACUACAACCGGACCGUCUCCUGUGCCUGCCCCCACCUCAUGAAGCUCCACGAGGACAACACCACCUGCUAUGAGUUUAAGAAGUUCCUGCUGUACGCGCGCCAGAUGGAGAUCCGGGGGGUGGACCUGGACGCCCCCUACUACAACUACAUCAUCUCCUUCACGGUGCCCGACAUCGACAACGUCACCGUGCUGGACUACGACGCCCGUGAGCAGCGCGUGUACUGGUCCGAUGUGCGGACGCAGGCCAUCAAGCGGGCCUUCAUCAACGGCACGGGCGUGGAGACGGUCGUCUCUGCAGACUUGCCAAACGCCCACGGGCUGGCUGUGGACUGGGUGUCCCGAAACCUGUUCUGGACGAGCUAUGACACCAACAAGAAGCAGAUCAACGUGGCCCGGCUCGACGGCUCCUUCAAGAACGCAGUGGUGCAGGGCCUGGAGCAGCCCCAUGGCCUUGUCGUGCACCCCCUGCGUGGGAAGCUCUACUGGACCGACGGUGACAACAUCAGCAUGGCCAACAUGGACGGCAGCAACCGCACCCUGCUCUUCAGUGGCCAGAAGGGCCCUGUGGGCCUGGCUAUUGACUUCCCUGAAAGCAAACUCUACUGGAUAAGCUCCGGCAACCACACCAUCAACCGCUGCAACCUGGACGGGAGUGGGCUGGAGAUCAUUGACGCCAUGCGGAGCCAGCUGGGCAAGGCCACUGCCCUGGCCAUCAUGGGGGACAAGCUGUGGUGGGCAGAUCAGGUGUCGGAGAAGAUGGGCACAUGCUCCAAGGCUGACGGCUCAGGCUCCGUGGUCCUGCGAAACAGCACCACCCUGGUGAUGCACAUGAAGGUGUACGACGAGAGCAUCCAGCUUGACCAUGAGGGCACCAACCCCUGCAGUGUCAACAAUGGGGACUGCUCCCAGCUCUGCCUGCCCACAUCAGAGACAACCCGCUCCUGCAUGUGCACAGCCGGCUACAGCCUCCGGAGCGGCCAGCAGGCCUGCGAAGGUGUGGGCUCCUUUCUCCUGUACUCUGUGCACGAGGGAAUCCGGGGAAUUCCUCUGGACCCCAACGACAAGUCAGAUGCCCUGGUCCCGGUGUCGGGGACCUCGCUGGCCGUGGGCAUCGACUUCCAUGCUGAAAACGACACCAUCUACUGGGUGGACAUGGGUCUGAGCACCAUCAGCCGGGCCAAGCGGGACCAGACAUGGCGCGAGGAUGUGGUGACCAACGGCAUUGGCCGCGUGGAGGGCAUCGCAGUGGACUGGAUUGCCGGCAACAUCUACUGGACGGACCAGGGCUUCGAUGUCAUCGAGGUCGCCCGGCUCAAUGGCUCUUUCCGCUACGUGGUCAUCUCCCAGGGUCUGGACAAGCCCCGGGCCAUCACUGUCCACCCGGAGAAGGGGUACUUGUUCUGGACCGAGUGGGGUCAGUACCCGAGGAUCGAGCGGUCCCGGCUGGACGGCACGGAUCGAGUGGUGCUGGUCAACGUCAGCAUCAGCUGGCCCAAUGGCAUCUCGGUGGACUAUCAGGAUGGGAAGCUGUACUGGUGCGACGCACGGACAGACAAGAUCGAGCGGAUUGACCUGGAGACGGGUGAGAACCGCGAGGUGGUUCUAUCCAGCAACAACAUGGACAUGUUUUCGGUGUCUGUGUUUGAGGAUUUCAUCUACUGGAGUGACAGGACUCACGCCAACGGCUCCAUCAAGCGAGGCAGCAAAGACAACGCCACAGACUCCGUGCCGCUGCGCACCGGCAUCGGCGUGCAGCUUAAAGACAUCAAAGUCUUCAACCGGGACCGGCAGAAAGGCACCAACGUGUGUGCAGUGGCCAACGGUGGGUGCCAGCAGCUGUGCCUGUACCGGGGCGGCGGGCAGCGGGCCUGCGCCUGCGCCCAUGGGAUGCUGGCUGAAGACGGGGCGGCGUGCCGUGAGUACGCUGGGUACCUGCUCUACUCGGAACGCACCAUCCUCAAGAGCAUCCACUUGUCAGACGAGCGCAACCUCAACGCGCCCGUGCAGCCCUUCGAGGACCCCGAGCACAUGAAGAAUGUCAUCGCUCUGGCCUUUGACUACCGGGGGGGCACCUCCCCAGGCACCCCCAAUCGCAUCUUCUUCAGCGACAUCCACUUUGGGAACAUCCAGCAGAUCAACGAUGACGGCUCCGGGAGGACCACCAUUGUGGAGAAUGUGGGCUCCGUGGAAGGCCUGGCUUAUCACCGUGACUGGGACACGCUGUACUGGACAAGCUACACGACAUCCACCAUCACCCGCCACACAGUGGACCAGACCCGGCUGGGGGCCUUCGAGCGUGAGACGGUCAUCACCAUGUCUGGAGACGACCACCCGCGGGCCUUCGUGCUGGACGAGUGCCAGAACCUGAUGUUCUGGACCAACUGGAAUGAGCAGCACCCCAGCAUCAUGCGCGCGGCCCUGUCCGGAGCCAACGUCCUCACGCUCAUCGAGAAGGACAUCCGCACCCCCAACGGCCUGGCCAUCGACCACCGCGCAGAGAAGCUCUACUUCUCCGACGCCACCCUGGACAAGAUCGAGCGGUGCGAGUAUGACGGCUCCCACCGCUAUGUGAUCCUGAAGUCGGAGCCUGUUCACCCCUUCGGGCUGGCUGUGUAUGGGGAGCACAUCUUCUGGACCGACUGGGUGCGGCGGGCAGUGCAGCGGGCCAACAAGUACGUGGGCAGCGACAUGAAGCUGCUACGCGUGGACAUCCCCCAGCAGCCCAUGGGCAUCAUUGCUGUGGCCAAGGACACCAACAGCUGUGAACUCUCCCCUUGCCGAAUCAACAACGGGGGCUGCCAGGACCUGUGUCUGCUCACUCACCAAGGCCACGUCAACUGCUCGUGCCGCGGGGGGCGAAUCCUCCAGGAGGACCUCACCUGCCGGGCGGUGAACUCCUCUUGUCGUGCACAAGACGAGUUUGAGUGUGCCAACGGCGAGUGCAUCAACUUCAGCCUGACGUGUGACGGCGUCUCCCACUGCAAAGACAAGUCCGAUGAGAAGCCGUCCUACUGCAACACUCGCCGCUGCAAGAAGACUUUCCGCCAGUGCAACAACGGACGCUGCGUGUCCAACAUGCUCUGGUGCAACGGGGCAGAUGACUGUGGGGAUGGCUCCGACGAGAUCCCCUGCAACAAGACGGCCUGUGGUGUGGGUGAAUUCCGCUGCCGGGACGGGACCUGCAUCGGGAACUCCAGCCGAUGCAACCAGUUUGUGGAUUGUGAGGACGCCUCAGAUGAGAUGAACUGCAGUGCCACUGACUGCAGCAGCUACUUCCGCCUGGGCGUGAAGGGUGUGCUCUUCCAGCCCUGCGAGCGCACCUCCCUCUGCUACGCUCCCAGCUGGGUGUGCGACGGUGCCAACGACUGCGGGGACUACAGUGACGAGCGAGACUGCCCAGGUGUGAAGCGCCCCAGAUGCCCCCUGAAUUACUUCGCCUGCCCCAGCGGGCGCUGCAUCCCCAUGAGCUGGACGUGUGACAAGGAGGACGACUGUGAGCACGGCGAGGACGAGACCCACUGCAACAAGUUCUGCUCGGAGGCCCAGUUUGAGUGCCAGAACCAUCGCUGCAUCUCCAAGCAGUGGCUGUGUGACGGCAGCGAUGACUGCGGGGACGGCUCAGAUGAGGCUGCUCACUGUGAAGGCAAGACGUGCGGCCCCUCCUCCUUCUCCUGCCCUGGCACCCACGUGUGCGUCCCCGAGCGCUGGCUCUGCGACGGGGACAAGGACUGUGCUGACGGCGCUGAUGAGAGCAUCGCAGCUGGCUGCCUGUACAACAGCACCUGUGACGACCGGGAGUUCAUGUGCCAGAACCGCCAGUGCAUCCCCAAGCAUUUCGUGUGCGACCACGACCGCGACUGCGCCGACGGCUCCGACGAGUCCCCCGAGUGUGAGUACCCGACCUGCGGCCCCAACGAGUUCCGCUGCGCCAACGGGCGCUGCCUGAGCUCUCGACAGUGGGAGUGCGACGGCGAGAACGACUGCCAUGACCAGAGCGAUGAGGCUCCCAAGAACCCACACUGCACCAGCCCAGAGCACAAGUGCAACGCCUCCUCGCAGUUCCUGUGCAGCAGCGGGCGCUGCGUGGCCGAGGCGCUGCUCUGCAAUGGCCAGGACGACUGCGGCGACGGCUCGGACGAGCGCGGCUGCCACGUCAACGAGUGCCUCAGCCGCAAGCUCAGUGGCUGCAGCCAGGACUGCGAAGACCUCAAGAUCGGCUUCAAGUGCCGCUGUCGCCCUGGCUUCCGGCUGAAGGACGACGGCCGGACGUGUGCCGAUGUGGACGAGUGCAGCACCACCUUCCCCUGCAGCCAGCGCUGUGUCAACACCCACGGCGGCUACAAGUGUCUGUGUGUGGAGGGCUAUGCCCCCCGCGGUGGCGACCCCCACAGCUGCAAAGCUGUGACUGACGAGGAGCCGUUCCUGAUUUUCGCCAACCGCUACUACCUGCGCAAGCUCAACCUGGAUGGCUCCAACUACACGUUGCUUAAGCAGGGCCUGAACAAUGCCGUUGCCUUGGACUUUGACUACCGGGAGCAGAUGAUUUAUUGGACGGAUGUGACAACCCAGGGCAGCAUGAUCCGGAGGAUGCACCUCAAUGGCAGCAAUGUGCAGGUGCUGCACCGGACAGGCCUCAGCAACCCUGACGGGCUGGCUGUGGACUGGGUGGGCGGCAACCUGUACUGGUGCGACAAAGGCCGGGACACCAUCGAAGUGUCCAAGCUCAAUGGGGCCUAUCGGACAGUGCUGGUCAGCUCUGGCCUCCGUGAGCCCAGGGCGCUGGUGGUGGACGUGCAGAACGGGUACCUGUACUGGACAGACUGGGGCGACCACUCACUGAUAGGCCGGAUCGGCAUGGAUGGGUCCAGCCGCAGCGUCAUCGUGGACACCAAGAUCACGUGGCCCAAUGGGCUGACACUGGACUACGUCACCGAGCGCAUCUACUGGGCCGACGCAAGAGAGGACUACAUUGAGUUUGCCAGCCUGGACGGCUCCAAUCGCCACGUCGUGCUGAGCCAGGACAUCCCGCACAUCUUCGCGCUCACCCUGUUUGAGGACUACGUCUACUGGACUGACUGGGAGACAAAGUCCAUCAACCGAGCCCACAAGACCACGGGCGCCAACAAAACACUCCUCAUCAGCACCCUACACCGGCCCAUGGACCUGCACGUCUUCCACGCUCUGCGCCAGCCAGACGUGCCCAAUCACCCCUGCAAGGUCAACAAUGGUGGCUGCAGCAACCUGUGCCUGCUGUCCCCUGGGGGGGGCCACAAAUGUGCCUGCCCCACCAACUUCUACCUGGGUGGCGAUGGGCGCACCUGUGUGUCCAACUGCACAGCAAGCCAGUUUGUGUGCAAGAACGACAAGUGCAUCCCCUUCUGGUGGAAGUGUGACACUGAAGACGACUGUGGGGACCACUCGGAUGAGCCCCCAGACUGUCCUGAGUUCAAAUGCCGCCCAGGACAGUUCCAGUGCUCCACAGGCAUCUGCACAAACCCUGCCUUCAUCUGUGACGGGGACAAUGACUGCCAGGACAACAGUGAUGAGGCCAAUUGUGACAUCCACGUCUGCCUGCCCAGUCAGUUCAAGUGCACCAACACCAACCGCUGCAUUCCCGGCAUCUUCCGCUGCAACGGGCAGGACAACUGCGGAGACGGGGAGGACGAGCGAGACUGCCCCGAGGUGACCUGCGCCCCCAACCAGUUCCAGUGCUCCAUCACCAAGCGCUGCAUCCCCCGAGUCUGGGUCUGUGACCGGGACAACGACUGUGUGGACGGCAGUGAUGAGCCCGCUAAUUGCACCCAGAUGACCUGCGGAGUGGACGAGUUCCGCUGCAAGGACUCGGGCCGCUGCAUCCCGGCACGCUGGAAGUGUGACGGAGAGGAUGACUGUGGGGACGGCUCAGAUGAGCCUAAGGAAGAGUGCGACGAGCGCACCUGCGAGCCAUACCAGUUCCGCUGCAAGAACAACCGCUGUGUGCCAGGCCGCUGGCAGUGCGACUACGACAACGACUGCGGGGACAACUCUGACGAGGAGAGCUGCACCCCUCGGCCCUGCUCUGAGAGUGAGUUCUCCUGUGCCAAUGGCCGCUGCAUCGCUGGGCGCUGGAAAUGCGACGGGGACCACGACUGUGCAGACGGCUCAGAUGAGAAAGACUGUACCCCCCGCUGUGACAUGGACCAGUUCCAGUGCAAGAGUGGUCACUGCAUCCCCCUGCGCUGGCGCUGUGACGCAGAUGCCGACUGCAUGGACGGCAGUGACGAGGAAGCCUGUGGCACUGGCGUGCGGACCUGCCCCCUGGACGAGUUCCAGUGCAACAACACCUUGUGCAAGCCGCUGGCUUGGAAGUGCGACGGAGAGGAUGACUGCGGAGACAACUCAGACGAGAACCCGGAGGAGUGCUCCCGGUUCAUGUGCCCUCCCAACCGGCCCUUCCGUUGUAAGAACGACCGCGUCUGCCUGUGGAUCGGGCGCCAGUGUGACGGCACGGACCACUGCGGGGAUGGGACUGAUGAGGAGGACUGUGAGCCCCCCACGGCCCAGACCCCCCACUGCAAAGACAAGAAGGAGUUUCUGUGCCGGAACCAGCACUGCCUGUCCUCCUCACUGCGCUGCAACAUGUUCGAUGACUGCGGGGACGGCUCUGACGAGGAGGACUGCAGCAUCGACCCCAAGCUGACCAGCUGCGCCACCAACGCCAGCCUCUGUGGAGAUGAGGCACGCUGCGUGCGCACCGAGAAAGCUGCCUACUGCGCCUGCCGCUCAGGCUUCCACACUGUGCCAGGCCAGCCCGGAUGCCAGGACAUCAAUGAGUGCCUGCGCUUCGGCACCUGCUCGCAGCUCUGCAACAACACCAAGGGCGGCCACCUCUGCAGCUGCGCUCGAAACUUCAUGAAGACGCACAACACCUGCAAGGCCGAAGGCUCUGAGUACCAGGUCCUGUACAUCGCUGAUGACAACGAGAUCCGCAGCCUGUUCCCUGGGCACCCCCAUUCGGCUUAUGAGCAAGCAUUCCAGGGUGACGAGAGUGUCCGCAUCGAUGCCAUGGAUGUCCAUGUCAAGGCUGGCCGCAUCUAUUGGACCAACUGGCACACGGGCACCAUCUCCUACCGCAGCCUGCCGCCCGCUGCACCUCCUACCACUUCCAACCGCCACCGGCGACAGAUCGACCGGGGUGUCACCCACCUCAACAUUUCAGGGCUGAAGAUGCCACGAGGCAUCGCCAUCGACUGGGUGGCUGGCAACGUGUACUGGACCGACUCGGGCCGGGAUGUGAUUGAGGUGGCACAAAUGAAGGGUGAGAACCGGAAGACGCUCAUCUCGGGCAUGAUCGACGAGCCCCACGCCAUUGUGGUGGACCCGCUGAGGGGCACGAUGUACUGGUCAGACUGGGGCAACCACCCCAAGAUCGAAACAGCGGCAAUGGACGGGACCCUUCGGGAGACCCUGGUGCAGGACAACAUCCAGUGGCCCACAGGUCUGGCCGUGGAUUAUCACAACGAACGGCUGUACUGGGCAGACGCCAAGCUCUCGGUCAUCGGCAGCAUCCGGCUCAAUGGCACCGACCCCGUCAUGGCUGCUGACAGUAAACGAGGCCUGAGUCACCCCUUCAGCAUCGAUGUCUUUGAGGAUUACAUUUAUGGCGUCACCUACAUCAAUAACCGUGUCUUCAAGAUCCAUAAGUUUGGACACAGCCCCUUGAUCAACCUGACGGGGGGCCUGAGCCAUGCCUCGGAUGUGGUCCUGUACCAUCAGCACAAGCAGCCUGAAGUGACCAACCCCUGUGACCGCAAGAAGUGCGAGUGGCUCUGCCUGCUGAGCCCCAGUGGCCCCGUCUGCACCUGUCCCAAUGGCAAGCGGCUGGACAAUGGCACCUGUGUGCCUGUGCCCUCUCCGACACCACCGCCAGACGCUCCCCGGCCUGGAACCUGCAACCUGCAGUGCUUCAACGGCGGCAGCUGUUUCCUCAAUGCACGGAGGCAGCCUAAGUGCCGCUGCCAGCCCCGAUACACGGGUGACAAGUGUGAGCUGGACCAGUGCUGGGAGCACUGUCGCAACGGGGGCACCUGCGCUGCGUCCCCAUCUGGCAUGCCCACGUGCCGGUGCCCCACGGGCUUCACAGGCCCCAAAUGCACCCAGCAGGUGUGUGCGGGCUACUGUGCCAACAACAGCACCUGCACUGUCAACCAGGGCAACCAGCCCCAGUGCCGCUGCCUACCUGGCUUCCUUGGUGACCGCUGCCAGUACCGGCAGUGCUCUGGCUACUGUGAGAACUUCGGCACGUGCCAGAUGGCUGCUGAUGGCUCCCGACAAUGCCGCUGCUCCGCCUACUUUGAGGGACCGAGGUGUGAGGUGAACAAGUGCAGCCGCUGUCUCCAGGGAGCCUGUGUGGUCAACAAGCAGAGCGGGGAUGUCACCUGCAACUGCACGGACGGCCGGGUGGCUCCCAGCUGUCUCACCUGCGACGGCCACUGUAGCAAUGGCGGUUCCUGCACCAUGAACAGCAAAAUGAUGCCUGAGUGCCAGUGCCCGCCCCACAUGACAGGACCCCGGUGUGAGGAGCAGGUCGUCAGCCAGCAGCAGACUGGACAUAUGGCCUCCAUCCUAAUCCCUCUGGUGUUGCUGCUGCUGCUGCUUUUGGUGGCCGGAGUGGUAUUCUGGUAUAAGCGGCGAGUCCGAGGGGCUAAGGGCUUCCAGCACCAGCGGAUGACCAACGGGGCCAUGAACGUGGAGAUUGGGAACCCCACCUACAAGAUGUACGAAGGCGGAGAGCCCGAUGACGUAGGGGGCCUGCUGGAUGCUGACUUUGCCCUGGACCCUGACAAGCCCACCAACUUCACCAAUCCCGUGUAUGCCACACUCUACAUGGGGGGCCACGGCAGCCGCCACUCCCUGGCCAGCACGGACGAGAAGCGAGAACUCCUGGGCCGGGGCCCUGAGGACGAGAUAGGGGACCCCUUGGCAUAGGAUGCUGCCCCAUCGGACUUCCCCAGAGAGCCUAUGUCCCUCCAGAGAAGUCCUUCAAUGAGCCCUUCCCCAGACAGCCCUUCCCUGGCCCUGCCAGAUGUAUAAAUGUAAAAAUGAAGGAAUUACUUUUUAUAUGUGAGUGAGCAAGCGAGCACAGUAUUAUCUCUUCCAGUCUCCUCUUCCUGCCUGCUCCUCAGUGCCCCCCAUGCUGCCUUCGGGGAGGGGGCAGGGAGGGUUCUGGGGGCUCUUGUGGCAUAAAGGUACGAGGGAGCCCAACUCCUCCCUUCCCACCAACGCACCCCACUGGGAGAGCUGGGUGCCGCCUCCCCUCCCUGUGCCAGACACUUUGUCCAGGCUCUCCACCUCGCCCCUCCUGCUUACCCCUCCCAGCUCUCUGAGGGCUAAUUCUGGGGAGGGAGAGUUCUUUGCUGCCCCUGUCUGAAAAAGUUGGCUCCAGCUGAGGUAGGAAGGUGAGGAUGGAGUUUUUUGGUUCUUCUUGGGGAAGGCCACUCAAGCUCCAGCCCCAGACUCCCCGGGGUGCCUCUGAGGUGGCCAUGCUCAAUACCCCUUCCAGGCAGGCCCUCCCCCUCUCCAGCUACUCCCAGGGCUGGAGACUUUCUUUGGUAAACAGUCCCCUAACCCCCUCCCCUGAGGAUGAGGGGGAGGUGGGGUACACCAAGGAAGGGAAGCGGGCAGCCCCGUUUUGGGGACAGGAACGUUUUAAUAAUUUUUGACAAAUUCCUUUACAACUAAAUAACACAGAUAUUGUUAUAAAUAAAAUUGUAAAAAAAAAAAAAAA